AUGGCUUUCUAUGGUCGUGGAAUACCGCUCCGCAAACAUAGCGAUGAGUCCGACAGCUCCGACAGCUCCGACAGCUCUUUCGAACAGGAACACACCAACAAGGCCGAAGCAGUUCCUGUCUGGCUAGGUAACCUCCAAAAUUGUCUGGACGCCGUCGAGUCGGCGGGGGAAUUUGCUGUUUUUGACCGCCACUCCGUCUUUGCGAAUCCGGACCUGCAUAUUCGGGGCGAUCGUUUCAUUUCCCUCCCUCUGACGCCGGGCGAUGCUGAGAUUCUCAAGGCCGCGUCGUGGGAACCCUAUUUUAUGAAGAUCGCACAGCAGGCAGCAGACCGGCUGGGACUUCUCGGCGUGGCUGUGCGCCCCUACAAGCUGCUGCUGUACGAGAAAGGAUCCUUCUUCAAGCGGCACAAGGACUCGGAAAAAGAAGCCGGCAUGGUUGGCACCCUCGUCAUCAGUCUCCCUUCGCAGCAUGAAGGGGGGGAUGUCAGCCUUUCCUUCCAAACUGAGAGCAAGACAUUUGCCACGAGCCCUGGCUCGUCCUGGGACAUCUCAGCUCUUGCCUGGUUUUCGGACGUGUCGCACGAAAUAGCCGAGAUCAAACAGGGUUACCGUCUGGUACUGACGUAUAAUCUGGUGCAAAACGGACCUGCUGUACAGACAGCGGAGUCUACAUACCGUCAGCAGGAGAAAGUGCGGACACGUCUCUUGCGGUGGAAGACCCAAAUCCAGACGCCGGAUCCUAUAGUAUACCCCCUCGAUCACCAGUACACGGAAUCAAGCCUGUCGCUGGCGAACAUGAAAGGACGUGAUCGCGCCGUUUGUAACCUCCUGAGCAACUCUGCGGCUAGCUGUGGACUGUUUCUUUUCUUUGCUCAGGUCACUCGCUCUCGAACUGAAGAAUGCGGAUACGAUGAGUACGAAGAUUCAGAAGUGGAAACCAUGUUCAAAGCUCUUUUCACAUUGAAUGGCAAGGAGAUUGGGUCGAAUCUUACGGUGAGCGAAUGCCAAAUCAUGGGCACCGAUAUAAAUGACCGAGAGCCCGACAGUGAAGAAGAAGGAGAGUUCACAGGAAACGAAGGUGCUCCAACAACUUUUCAUUAUCAUGACACUGUUGCAAUGCUCGUUCGCAAGGAAGAACUUGUUCGCCUCACCCAGGGCGACAGGAGCGAAAUGCAUGCUGAAAAUCUAGUGGCCCUGGUCAAUGAAGAUCUUCAAGCAAGACGAAACGAGGCAAUGACACAGUACGCAUCUGCAUGUCUGAUCGACAUUCUCACGAAAAGACUCCGAUCUCCUUCAGUUUUGCAGAUCGCUCUGUAUUGGGCUAUGGAGCUGAACAAUAGCAGGCUGAUCGUAGCUGCAUUGGCCAGCCCGGCUGUAUCAUAUGUUGGCUCUGGAACAAACAAUAAAGAAGCAAUACAAAUACUCGCCGCCCUUGUUGAAAGGGCGUAUACAGGGACAUCCGAAGACAUCGACUGGGACAGACUGCUUCUACCAACCUUGGCUGAGAGAGGCGAGUGGUCCUUGCUUCAUCAAGUAUUGCACAUAAUGUAUUUUGGGAGAAUCAAAGAGCCAUAUUCAGGCAUCGUGAAGGCCACUUUUGAACAUCUGAUCGAGCACUGUGCUUGGGCUCUGAUACUUCGCGGGGGUGCCCUAUUCUUGACGCCGUGCCCAGCACAGUAUUAUACAUACGACUUCCCGACACUACUGGACCACACUCUGGAUAUUGGAGCUGGGGGUAGUGCUACAAAGCUUCUGGAGACGCUUUGCAAUCGCUGGGGCGCAGAGCUGAAAAAGGGAGGGGGCUUUUUGACUGCGUCCCAGUCUAUAACUCUGCUCGGAACAGUAGUUAAGGUUCUUCAAAAGCACAAGGUACUGAACUCUCCUCCAGCGAAGAGAUUGCUGGACAUUGUCAUUCAAUAUGAAAUCGGCCGAAACAUUCCAGAAUGCCCAAAGAAGCUACCUGGUUGGGCACAUAAACCGCGGCGCUGCGAUCAGGGACAAUGCCAGGACUGUGUUGCUUUGAAUCGCUUUCUCGUCUCGGAAAGCGAGAAAGUCUGGCGCUUUACUGCCGUCCAAGCGAGACGGAAGCACGUCGAGUCUGCUCUAAAACAGGAUUACCCUCUCCGGUUCCAACUGGUGACGGAACGUGUUAAGUCACCGCAAACAUUAGUCGUGGAAAAGUUGGAAAUCGAAUUUUCCGAGGAAAUGAAACCAUACCUGAGUGCCAUCAAAAACAUGAGGAGGCAUCUGGCGGCUCUGGAGGGGGAUUUUGUAAGAGAGAUGCUUAGCGAUGAAAGGUAUCGAAAGCUCAUCCUUCUUGAAGACUUGGACACGGACGAUUCAUCGGAGUAUGUUGCGGCAGGAAAGAGACAAUGGAACGAAGCUAUUGGAGGCAUACCAAAGAGAAGAAACCUGGGAGGCACUACAUGA